UUGAUGGAUUCUAGCCUUAACCAAGACAGAAUAACACACUGAGUGAUACAUUAUAAUGGCAGCCAGCUUGUCUCUCCUGGAGAAACACCUCUCUUGUCCCGUGUGUUGUGACAUAUUCAGCAACCCUGUCGUCCUCAAAUGCAGCCACAGCUUCUGUGAGGAGUGUCUCCGGAAAUACUGGAAGGACUUGGAGAUUUUCCUGUGUCCUGUAUGCAGGAAAGUGUGUUCUUCUGAAGAACCGAGCCAAAGUUUGGUAUUAAAGAGUCUCUGUGAAUCGUUCCAGAGAGGGAGUGAAAACGAGAAAGGAUCUCAGGAUAUCUGCCAGCUGCAUGGAGAGAAACUCAAACUCUUCUGUUUUGAUGACAAACAGCCCAUCUGUGUUGUCUGUCAUACAUCAAAGAAACAUAAAGGCCAUGACUGCUAUCCCAUUGAGGAGGCUAUACCUGAUUUGAAGAGUGAAAUCAAGACUCCUUUGCAGAACAAAUUGGAAAGAAUGACCACCGCCAAACUGGAAGAUGAAAACUGUGUGGAACACUUAAUGGUCCAGGGCCAACUUGGAGAGGAGCAGAUAAGGGGGGUGUUUAAGACAUUUUACCAGUUCCUAGAAGAAGAAGAGGCUGCCAGGAUAGCUGCUCUGAAAAAGGAACAACAGCUGAAAUAUGAAGUGAUGAGAGAAAGAAUGGAGAAGUUGACCAAGAAUAUCUCAAUGCUUUCUGAAACUAUUGGAGUUAUCAAAAAGGACAUGGAGACUGAUGAUAUCACAUUCCUGCAGAACUACGAAGCCAUACUUAUCAGAGCCGACUGCACACCUCCAUACACUGCUGCAAAUGCUGAAAUGGGGCCAGGAGCAUUCAUUGACAUGGCCAAGCAUGUUGGAUGUCUGACGUUCAAAGUCUGGAACAGUCUGAUUAAGAUUGUUGACUACAAUCCUGUAACCAUGGAUCCAAACACAGUGUCCACAAAGCUCAUCCUCACUGAUAACCUCACCACUGUGAUGUGCUGUGUGGAAAAGCAGAGUCUUCCAGACAAUCCUGAGAGGUUUCAUGUAGGAGUGUUGGGGUCUGAGGGCUUCAAUAAAGGCAACCAUUUUUGGGACGUUGAGGUAGGAGACAGCGAUAACUGGUCUCUGGGAGUAGCCAAAGAGUCCAUUGAGCGGAAGAAGCUAGUAAAACUGGAUCCUGAGAGUGGAUUGUGGACCAUCAGAUAUAUUAAUGGGAAAUACAGAGCAGGUGUGAAAUCCCGCAAAGAGAUCAAGGUAGAUGAAUGUCCACAAGUGAUCCGAGUAUGUCUGGACUGUGACAAGGGGGAGGUGACAUUCUCCGACCCCACUAUGAGCAAUACUCUGUACACCUUCAAACACACAUUUACUGGAAAGCUGUUCCCAUACUUUAGUAUAGGAAGUCUUAAAAGCCCACUGCGCCUUUGUAAGAGACCCCACACUAAGUUAACUUUGACGUGAGCUGGGGCACGAGGCAAAUCUGCUCAUUGGCCACUGCACUGCGGAUUCCCUCUGCUCCAGCCUCUCCAACCUAAUGUGUGUUUGUGUAUGUGUGUGUGUAUAUUGGAGGGGUUGUGGGGAAAAGCAGAAGAUACAAAAAAGCAGAAAAGACAGGUUAAAAGUAAAUGGGAUUUACUGUAGGACUAUUUUCAGACUAGAGUUGAAAUGAUGUAACAUAUAAUAGCAGCAUAUCUCAUUGUAUGACCAUGUAUGUAUAGUUAUACACUAUUAAGCAAUACUACGAUGUCUUCACCAUCAGUAAGUAACGAUCUACAAUGUAGUUUUACAAUUAGUUUCACAGUAAUAACCUUUUCUCUUUGCAAUGUCUGGACACUUACUGACAUUUAGUGGUAAAGUACUGUUCUCACAACACAGGUACUAAUAGGCACAUCACUAGUUUGAUAAAUAACAAAAAGGUCACUCUAGUCUGUACAGUGUAUUUCCUAAUAGAUAUUGGAAAGGUGACAGCUGCAUAUUUACUAUAUAUAUAUAUAUAUAUAUAUAUAUAUAUAUAUAUAUAUAUAUGUAUUAUAUGAUAUGGGUAAAAGCUGCUAUGACAAGAUAAGACUUAUUAAUACAUGGCUGUGUUAGAUCACUCAUUAUUGUUGGUUGGAACACUACACACAUCUGGGUUCCUGCCAGGACACAGAGGGAAAUGUGAUAGUUCUGGUUCAGUUUUCUGGAAUAUGAAAACUUAACUGUGGUUGGAGUUUUAGUCUGUAUCAUGCCUUUAUAACCAGUAUAACCUGCCCCUUGCGCCACAACAUAGUCAACCUGCUUGAUGGAUUCUAGCCUUAACCAAGACAGAAUAGCACACAGAGUGAUACAUUAUAAUGGCAGCCAGCUUGUCUCUCCUGGAGAAACACCUCUCUUGUCCCGUGUGUUGUGACAUAAAUAAAACUCUUACUGAC